UAACACAGGGCGGCGAAUGAUGAGCAAUGGGCUGAAAGAAACCUAGGAAUGAGGCCUAAGCUGGUAAUCGAUAGGCAGCAAAUCGGCCCGUAAGAAAGCCAAUGUAAGCAAAUAUCGUCCAACAAGGAUCCGUGUGACGGAUUAAAUCUAUUGCUUUUUCUCGAAUAUUUGGUAUUUAUGAUCCAAGAUAAUCCAACGUCUUAAGCCUUCCCAUGGCCGGAUAGUCUUUCCUGAGAUUUAACACGGGCGACGAUGAAGGUAGAUAUCUCUCUGGUCUUACUUGCGCUCGGCAUCAAGGUGAGAUGCGAAUCCUUCGACUACGUAAUAGCCGGGGCUGGAACUUGCGGUCUCGUACUUGCGAAUCGGUUGUCUGAAGAACUAAAUAUCAGAGUUGCGGUCAUCGAGCCGGGUGGUGAUGUUCGUCAUAAUCCUAACGUCACCGACGUUACCAGGUUCCUUCGCGCCUUUGGUACCGAUAUCGAUUGGCAAUAUACCACGACGCCGCAGCCAGGCGCAAGCAAUAGAUCACUUGCUUAUCACGCGGGCCGAGCCAUAGGCGGGACCUCAACAAUAAAUGGUAUGACGUACAUCCGAGGCGACAAAGCCGAAUUCGACGCCUUGGAAGCUCUCGGAAACAAAGGCUGGAACUGGGAUACAUUAUAUUCUUACUUCAAACGUGUUGAACGCUUCUCACCGCCCACAGCAGCACAGACGUCCGAGGGUGGUGCGAGUUUCAAUCCAGAAUACCAUGGCGAAGAUGGUCCUUUAACUACAGGGUUCCCAUUCGAGCUUCUGAAUGGGUCAUUCCAUGAACUGGCUCGAGAGGCUUGGCAAAAACUUGGAUAUCCCUUGAAUCCCGACGUAAAUAGCGGGGAGACGCGCGGGUUUGACGUGUGGCCCCAGACGCUGGAUAGAGAUGCGGAUAUCCGCGAAGACGCCGCUCGUGCCUAUUACUACCCCAUUGAGCAAAGACCCAAUCUCAAGAUUAUCAAGGGGACAGUGACGAAAUUGACUUGGGCAAAUUCAUCCACGGCUGGUAGCUUACUUUCGGCUGAUGGAGUCGAGUAUCGUGACUCUAACAACAAAACGGCUACCCUUAGCGCAACAAAAGAAGUCGUGCUGUCCGCCGGGGCACUGAGAACCCCGCUAAUACUGGAAUCAUCUGGCGUUGGGAAUCCCGAGAUCCUCAAGAAGUAUGGUAUAGAGACGAAGAUAGAGCUCAAUGGGGUGGGAGAAAACCUACAAGACCAGCCCAACACAGCGUUGGAAUAUUCCUCGAACUUCAAUGUGACAGGAACUGCCCCUUACGCAACAUUUGUUACGGCCCAAGACAUAUUCGGUAACCAGACUUCCACCGUAGCAGCAGCGACCGAUGCCAAGCUUUCUGAAUGGGCUCAGAGGGUCUCGGACGUCAAUGGAGGAGCCAUUAGUCCUAGUCAAUUAGAAAGGAUAUUCCGAGUGCAGCAUAAUCUCAUUUUCAACAAGAAUGUUACGAUCGCCGAGUCUCUAACAUCGGGUUCGGGUUCGAUCCUCAUAUCUGCGUUUUGGACGUUACUGCCUUUCUCCCGGGGCAGUGUUCAUAUCAAAUCGGCCGAAGAUAUUGAAGACCCCAUCAUUGAUCCAAAAUACUUAUUCAUCGACUUUGACCUCACCGUUCAAGCUGGGAUCGGUCGCACUUCGCAGGGCCUUUGGUACACGGAACCGAUCAGUAAUACGGUUGUCAGUUAUUUAGUCCCCGGGGAUGCAGAUCUGCCUCGCAAUGCCAGCGAUGCUCAGUGGGCAGCGGCCCUCGGGCCUCUAGUAUCGCCAAAUCAUCAUGCACUUGGUACGGCUUCCAUGAUGUCGCGAGAGCUUGGUGGUGUUGUGGACCCGAAGCUGAAAGUCUUUGGGACUUCGAACGUUCGAGUUGUUGAUGCGUCUGUGUUGCCGAUGCAGAUUAGUGGCCACUUAACCGCGACGCUCUACGCUGUGGCUGAGAGAGCGGCAGAAUUAAUCAAGAAUUCAUAGCCUAGCUGCAUCCUGAUUGAAAUAGCUGAAGUAUACAGUUCUAAUUCGGUAGCCAAUUUUUGAUGUCUUUAAUAACAGCACUGCAUGUUACAAAAAGGGGGUUGUGCUUACGUAAUGUAUUCUAUGAAUUCUGAGCUCUGUUCAAAGUUCCAGGGAGUAAACAUUGAAUUGCAACGAAG